GAAACACAAUUUGGAAAUAACUUUGAGCCAAAAUGAAAUUUACACGAGCAUUAAGGAGAACUAUACAAUAUACAUGUAAAAAAACGAAGUAUGCAUUGAGGAGAGCCUCUGUCAAAGAAAAUGAAACCUCACAAGAAAUUGUGUCCUUCAAAUUAAAAGGUAAUGGACCCUACUUUUUUUUUUCUCUCCACAAAAUCCCUCCAAGGCUUGCUACCAAAACUACCACCCUAUACUACAACAAAGCCAUGUCCAUUAAUGAGAGGGACCCUACUUCUCUACCAUCACAAGUUUCCUGCAAAGAGUAAGUGAGAGCAUUGAUAAAAGAGUGACCCAUGUUUCUAAAUAAAGGGGAGAACGGAAAUGCUCCAUGUUAGAAUAUAAAAAAUUAUUUCUGGGCCACAACCAUAAGCUUGAGCUUUUGGUUGAGUUGGUUCUUUUGAUAUGGUAUCAGAGCCUCGUUGACUAAGAGGUCACGAGUUCGAAACUCAGCACCACCCAAUUUUAAAAAAAUUAAAGUUUCACGUGCAAGUCUUGAAAAAAAACUACGCCUGCACGUGAGGGGCGUGUUAAGAAUAUAAAUAAUUGUUCCUGGGCCACAACCAUAAAUUUGAGCUUUUGGUUGAGUUGGUUCCUUUGAUAUCAUACACACAACUGGGCUAAAGACUAACGAGCCGCUAGGAAUGAACGUCUAGACGGACACCUUGACAAACGAGGUGGGCCAAAACCUACUCUGAUACCAUGAUAGAAUUUGGGAUAUGUAUGGAAAACUAGAUUGGGCAGUAAGACACUUGAGUUGAACCACAUUAAAAGAUUGAAUCCAACCGAUUAAUUAGUUCAACUCAAGAGCUUAUAUACCAAUUAUUGAACUUUCGAUGUGGAUGACACUCUAACACUCCACACUAUAUAAAUAAAAAUAUUAUCAAAUUAAAGGUGUUGGUUAUAAACAUACCCCUCAAUAUAAGCCCUGCCAAGAGUGACUCAAGUGCUCAACUAGCCAUUUACACUUUACCUCAUAUAAUUAAAACCACAAACAUACCCCAUCAAUUCAUCCUAUUCCAAACAUCAUAAACUCCAUCCUAAAGGAAAAAAAACCAACACCUGCAUAAGCCAAAAUUUCUAUUAAGGUGAACAUGCAAAUAUUCUUGAAAAGUAAUUAAGGAGGGGCUGCUGAUCAAGAACUAUCAAUGAAGGAAUACUAGCAUCAUAGCAGAGUCAUAAACCUCCCAACUGUCAUCAAAGUAUUAUCAGUACACGAUGUGGCAUUGUGUACUGACCCCUCCUCCCCAAAACAAUUCUUUUAGAUUGCAGAUAUGCUGGAUAUUGUUUGAAGAAGGCAAAGAACAAAAGUCUAUUUUGAUAUGAAGAAAUGGAGAUUUUCAACGCUAGACUAUGCUCAUCAUUUUAAAAUAAUUCAUUUGGAUUAAAAUUUGUAUUUCCGAUAAACUCUGAGAUUCUAAAUAUAUCCUUUUGAUAUUUACUUAUGGAUACCUUGCGGAGCCGAGCCACUGAAUGGUUCAAUAAGCUUCGCCCGGGAACCAUUGACUCGUUCAGUGAUUUGGCCUCAAAAUUCAAGGCCAAGUUCCAGGAGAAUUGUACUAAGAGGAAGAAGUUCACCUAUCUUAGUACAGCCGGGCAGAGGGAGUCUAAGAACCUCACUCAGUUCCUUACCCGGUGGAAGGAAGAGGUAGACAAGGUGGAAGAGAUGGACGACAAGACCGUCCUCUCCCUCCUCUUGAAUGGCUUGCGUGCUGGGGAACUAUACAAGGAGUUCUGCCGGAAACCCCUAGCCACGUACCAAGAGGCCUACCAUACUGCAUGGGAGUUUGCUGAAGCUGAAGCCCAGCUCCGGGCAAAGAGAGAAGCUGAGCAUGGUCACAAGCCCAAGCCGGUGCAAGUCAAGAAGGAAGAAGCACCGGGACCUAGCCGGUCGAGGCACCACUAUGACCCGGUCAUCCGAGUGGUCAAUACAGAAGAAUGCCAAGAGGUCCGGAAAGCACCGGUCAUUCCUCCAGAAAACCCUACCGGUCAAAUGAUCGACAGUGGAGAGCUGGGCAAAGAUUACUUGCAGAAAGCCCAGGAGAAGAGUCAUCAGUGGGUUAGGCCAACUGCCCCAGGGAAUGACCGGGACAAUGACCGGCGGAGGAAUAACCGGCCAAGGGAGCCGCAACCUGCCCCCGAAAAAGAACACAUCGGCAUGAUCUUCGGCGGACCCGAGGGUGGAGAUUCAGCCGCGCAGCGGAAGAACUGGGUCCGGAGCAUUUACGUGAGAGAAGUAAGUGCUGAACCGCCCAAGCGUAAACAUACUAGGAGGGAGCCAAUCGUCUUUACUGACCGGGAUCUCCCUCCUACCGGUGAAGAUCACAAUGAUCCAUUGGUCAUCACCAUGGACAUUAAUGGGGUAGAUGUCGCCCGGAGGGGCCCGGAAGAGGGUAUGCCUGCAAGAGGGCUGGACCUGGAAGAGGGUUCGAACCGUACUUACACGGGCCCAUGAGGUUCGACUCGUGUCGGGGAAUCAGCCCGCGCCGUUAGAUUGAUUAGGGACUAAAAAGAUGCCCAUUAAAAGAAAUAGAAGGGGAUCGUCCACCGUGGCGCAUCCUAUAUCCCCCUUCUCAAGGAAGACUUGAAUGGGGGGUGAGCUGAGGCCUUCCCGGGAUGGUAGAAAUCAAAGGGCCAUUAAAAGACUUAAUCACCC